AUGUUUUUUCCUAUGUUCCGAAAUAUCCACUUAAGUGUACAUAAAUGUCUCGAGUUUAACACAGUGUUGGAGUCUUUUUCUAUCUAUCUAUCUAUCUAUCUAUCUAUCUAUCUAUCUAUCUAUCUAUCUAUCUAUCUCAUAAUGCUCAUAUAUCUAUCUAUCUAUCUAUCUAUCUAUCUAUCUAUCUAUCUAUCUAUCUCUCUAUCUGCAUACAUACGCCUAUGUUCAUAUUUCUUGCUUACCCCAAAGCCGAAAUGUCAGUCAGGCAGCAAUAAAAGCUAUCUAUCCUGUUGCAGGAGCAUUAGCUUCAAAACCGUUCUGCGAAGGAAAACAUGUAUACUGAAGUCUGCAGAAAUUGUAUGCUCUGAGAAGCGACAAAUUUUGACCUACUUUUUUCUGACGAGAAACACUGUGGCAGAGACGAUUUCAGACCUUUCUGCAGAUUUAGACAGGCAACUGAAGCACAAAGUCAAGUCCAUUAUUGCAUUUUCGGUUGCAAUUAAUGAAAGCAUGAACAUUACGGAGGUUGCUCAACUGGCCAUAUUCCACCGUUGUGCAGACGAGAUAUUGACAACAAAUAACAUUUUUCAUCUCUCUCGUUGUAGCGCUGGACAGAGUCGGGGUGGACUGGAACCCGUGCUGUCAGUUUGGGGGCUACAGAUGGCACUCCAUCAAUGA